UCAAAACUUGACUGCAGCUUAAAGAUAUUCGAAUCAAGUCAAAUUUUCAUCAUCAAACCAACUCGAUGGAGGAACAUAAGCCACCGAAAUUCGUAUUUACUGUGACGGUGAUGAAUCGAUUUUGAAAAUCAACAACAACAGCUCGAUCGUCCACAGCCCUGUCUCUUCCCUCGUGGGCGAUGGUGAGCGGGGGAUCCUGUGCGGCCCUGGAUGGAGGAAGCGACGAGUGAGCGGUAGCGUCGACGGCUCUCGCCGGCGAUUGCGCUGAAGACGAUGGAUGACGGCAGCGGCGACAAUUGCGGAGAUUGGGAAGAUCGCGCAGGUACACGUAUUCUGUUCACGGAGGAGGAGGAGGAGGAUAAGCACGAGUCUAUCGUAUCAUUUCUUUCUCAUAAAGUAGAUCGAAGGAUCAUAGCAAACAAAUGGCGGGCACUGUGUUCACUCCCUCACUGGAAGGAAUGAAGCACGUCAAGUCAGAGAAUGGCAUUAUGUUAACAAAGCAUUUCCUUGAUGUGUGCAAGCUCAUCCUGCCAGUUCUAGAUAAUUUCGGAACUGCUCUGGCUAUUGUGAAGUCUGAUAUUGGGGGCAAUAUUACGAGGCUCGAAACCAAAUAUAAUUCUGAUCCAUCCAAGUUUGAACAUCUCUACAGUAUGGUGCAAGUAGAGGUAGAUUCUAAAACAGCGAAAGGUUCUUCAAGUUGUACCAACGGCCUUCUGUGGCUAACAAGAGCAAUGGACUUCCUAGUGGAGCUAUUUCAGAACUUGCUGGAUCAUCCAAACUGGACAAUGACACAAGUGUGCGAUGAUUCCUACACAAAGACCUUAAAGAAAUGGCAUGGCUGGCUUGCCAGUUCUAGCUUUUCCAUUGCUAUCAAACUUGCUCCUGAUAGAAAGAAGUUCAUAGAGCUCAUCGGCGGAUCUGGCAACCUCAAUGCUGACAUGGAUCAUUUUUGUAAAACAUUUGCUCCUCUUCUCGCAGAGAACCACAGCUUCCUUGCCAGUGUCGGCUUCGACAAUAUGAAGGCUUCUUGAUUGCAACAGCUAAGUUUGCUCUGUGUCACACAUUACCUUCUUUUUGCCGCCUAUUUUGUUUCGGUUUCUCAACUAUAAAAAUAAUGAAAGAGACAGUCAAAUUGUACAUGGCAUCUGUUGCCAUUUUAUCACUUUUGUAGUGUAAAAAUUGGUUUUAUCUUCUGAAGUAUACACCUAUUUUUCAGUCA